AUGUCACCUGUUGUUGCCCUAAGGCCGACUGCUGCUGGCAUUGUCCGUCCGGCUGCUGCUGUCAUCCAGCCUCCUCUUCGCCCGACUGUUGCAUCCCCUGGCGUGGUUGUUGUGUGUGUUGCGAAUGGGGCCUCUGCGGAGGUUUUUGUUUGUGCCUUGGUGGGGGAUCUGGGGGAUUCUUCGCCUCUCGCCUCAGUUGCUCGUGUACCUAUUGAUAUUACGGAGGACGACGGGCAUCCGGCGACCUAUGAUACAGAUCGGGUUGCUCAUGGCUUGGGGCCUGUGGCUGUUACCGUGUGCAAACCCUUGGCUUUCAGGGUGUUUGCUAAUACUGAAAAGGAGAUCAUCCACAAAUCCUCUGUGUUUGAAUCUCAUGAUAAAAAGAAAAAAAGAUCUGCUUCUUUGUGGAAGGGUGUCUCCUCUGAACACUGUUUUGUUAAAAAGAAAAGCUUCUCCCAGGUGGUUGGGUGGGUUCCUCAGGUCGAUGGUAUUGCGCCUCUAGUUGCUUCCUCUAUUUCUGAAGUAGAUUUGCCUCAGGAGUGUGUGGAUGCUUGCGGUGGCAUCCCGACUGGUUUGAAAAUUGUUGGAUCAUCUUCCUCGAUGGAUGACCUUCCCACUUCCCAGAUUGUUGCUGGAUCUUUGUCUAAUUCUCCGAUUUCUACUCUCCCUUCCUCUCUGAAUGCUGGCUCUGUUCUUCCUGGAAUUGUUCUGUCACGACCGAUUCAGCUCAACAAUGUUUCGGACGGACAAGCUCUGUUGGCAUUCAGGGCAGGUAUCACUGUGGAUCUCUAUAACUCAUUAAGCGAUUGGAAUUCCACACAUCCAGUCUGCAAUUGGAGCGGAGUGAAAUGUUCCACACGCAGACAGCGAGUCGUGGAACUCAAUCUUACAGGUAUGUCGUUGCAAGGCUCCAUAUCGCCGUUUCUAGCUAAUAUUUCGUUUCUUCGCGUGCUUGACCUCAAUAACAACGCUCUGAGCGGGAAUAUUCCCCCUGAAUUGGGAAAUCUUGCUCGUUUGAGGAACCUCCGCCUCUCCAAGAACAGAUUAGAAGGCUCUGUACCCUCCGCGUUUAGCAAUUGUCGGUUACUGAAAACAUUCUCUGUUUUUCGCAAUCGUUUGAGCGGAGGCUCGGGUUCCAUUCCUCCCGAAUUGGGCAUGCUUUCCCAACUCAACAUGCUACGCCUUCGUCAUAACCAUCUUACAGGACAAAUUCCGGCCUCCCUCUCUAACUGUACUCCUCUGCAAGAUUUGGAGCUUCAUAACAAUAGUUUGUCCGGCAAUAUUCCCUGGGAGUUUGGUGCCAAACUGUCUCAAUUGCAGAAACUGCUUCUAUGGGGUAAUCGACUGACUGGUAGAAUCCCAAAUUCUCUUUCUAACUGUACCCAACUCAAUGUUAUUGACCUGAGAGUCAAUAAACUAGAUGGCACGGUUCCAAUGGAAUUUAGUCAAUUGAGUAACCUUGAGCGCCUCUUUCUAGGAACAAACAGGCUUGUGAGUGGCAGUAGCAAUAGUUUAGUCAUUCUCUCUGCCUUGUCUAAUUGCUCUCUUCUUGAGCAGAUACAUUUGGGUGAAAAUGAGCUUACUGGCACUCUGCCACCAUCGAUUGAUCUCCUUCCUUCCAAGCUUUCUAUCUUCAACUUGAGCUACAACUAUUUAGAUGGACAAAUCCCACCACAAAUUGCCAACCUGAGUAAUUUGACAUUACUCGAUUUACAGUGGAAUUUCUUCAAUGGAUCUAUUCCUUCAUCACUGAGGAGGCUUACAAAGUUGGAACGUUUGUUCCUAGGAAAAAAUAGUCUACAGGGAAACAUCUCAACAGAAAUUGGUGACCUACCAAGAUUAGGUCUCAUGUCUUUAUACCAAAAUCAGCUAUCUGGCUCAAUUCCCCCUUCUUUGGGCCACCUGCAACAGCUUCGAGUGUUAUACCUUCAUCAGAACAAGCUUUCAGGAGAAAUUCCUCCUAGUCUAGGGGACUGCCGACUGUUGGAAGUGAUUGAUUUGUCUUACAACAAUCUGAGUGGAGAGAUCCCACCAGAGCUAGCUGCUCUUCCGAAUCUGAACUUUUCAAUACCUUAA